AUGACACAGACAUCCCAUAGCAAUAUUCUCAUCAUAGGUGCCGGAUCAUGGGGGUGUUCAAUUGCCCUCGAGCUCGCCCGGCGUGGCUACACUUCCAUCACUGUACUGGACGGCAGCCCAUUCCCUUCUGCCAUCUCGGCUGGCAACGACUUGAACAAGAUUGCCGAAGAAGCAAACGAGCCAUCUGACUCUGACAGCAAUGAGGACUACUUCUGGAACCGCAUAACUCAACUUUCAAUGGACGCUUGGAAAUACGACCCCGUUUUCUCAUCCUUCUACCAUGAUACUGGCUUCAUCAUGGCAGCUGUAGGCGACGAAGCAUACAAACGUUGCGUGGAGUAUGCAAAAGGAGAGAAGAUCACACCAACGGCGCUCAAUACCAAAGAGGACUUCCGGCUUACGAUGCCAAAGCACGUGCUGCAAGGCGAGCUUGCAGGCUGGAGAGGAUUCUGGAAGAAAAGCGGCGCAGGCUGGGUGUUUGCGAGUGGCGCUCUGAAGGCCAUGUACAAUGAGGCAGUAAGAUUUGGUGUGAGCUUUGUAACAGGAACCACAGGAAAAGUUCAGGAAUUACUCUACAACUCAGACAAGAGUCAUGUCACAGGAGUGAGGGUCGUAGAUGGUACCGAGUAUGCAGCGAAACAGACCAUACUGGCAGCCGGCGCAAACAGCGACCUGCUUGUGGACCUUGAGCAGCAACUUCGACCUACAGCCUGGACACUGGCACACAUACCUCUCUCCGUCGAGGAGGUAGAGGGUUACCGUAACUUACCCGUACUGUAUGGCGUAGAUCGAGGCUUCUUCAUUGAGCCAGACAUCGAAAACCACGAGAUGAAGCUCUGCGACGAACACCCGGGUUACAUAAAUCCGAUUUACAACAAUGGCAAGAUGCGGUCCGUUCCGUUUGCCCGUCAUCAAAUUCCCAAGGACUCCGAAUCACGUAUGCGUCUUCUUCUUUCAGAGACAAUGCCACAACUCUCCGAACGCAGCUUCAGCUUCGCACGUAUAUGUUGGGACGCAGAUACAGUUGAUCGUGUGUUUCUCAUUGACAGGCAUCCCGUGAUAUCAAACUUGAUUGUUGCCGUUGGAGGUUCUGGAAACGGAUUCAUGGCAUGUCCUGCCAUUGGAUCACUGGUCGCUGACGUGAUUGAAAAUAAGGGAGAAGAGAGGUUGAGGAAGGCAAUGAGAUGGCGACCAGAGAUAAGCGUAGAACGAGAUUGGUGGGAUACGCAGGGCAGGUACGGCGGUCGUGACAAAGUGAUGGAUUUUCGAGAUGUGGAAGAGUGGACUCCAGCAACUGCGUAA